AUGAUUUCGGGGUUGAAAUACCAAGGAUGCACCCAUCUGUCUGGCACUUCUGUUUGGUGCUUUAUUUGGCUGGAUAAUGGGACCGAUUUGGGGUUUCCCAGCACAAGAAAGACGUUGACAUCCUGGAACGACUCCAACGGAGGCCGUCGGGAGAGUCUGGGGAACACAGGAUGGCAGUCAAACGCAGGGACAGAGGCCCAGAGAACCAGUGGGAUCUUCAUCCUUGGAUCUGCUCGGCCUUCAACUGUCCAGCCUUCAAGCAGAGGCCAUGAACCCGGGCUUGUGCAGCUGGUGAAUUACUACAGGGGAGCAGACAAGCUGUGCCGCAAAGCAUCUCUGGUGAAGCUCAUCAAGACGAGCCCUGAGCUGUCAGAGUCCUGCACGUGGUUCCCUGAGUCGUAUGUGAUUUACCCAACAAACCUAAAGACCCCUGUGGCUCCAGCACAGAAUGGAAUUCGUCAUCUCAUAAACAACACACGGACAGAUGAGCGGGAAGUGUUCCUGGCAGCUUUCAACAGGCGGCGGGAAGGCAAAGAAGGCAACGUGUGGAUCGCCAAGUCCUCAGCUGGUGCCAAAGGGGAAGGGAUCUUGAUUUCUUCGGAAGCUGCAGAGCUCCUGGACUUCAUUGAUGAGCAGGGACAAGUGCAUGUGAUUCAGAAAUAUCUAGAGAAGCCUCUGCUUUUGGAGCCAGGGCAUCGCAAGUUUGACAUCAGGAGCUGGGUUCUCGUGGAUCAUCAAUAUAAUAUCUACCUCUACAGAGAGGGUGUCCUGCGGACCUCUUCCGAACCAUAUAACAGUGCUAAUUUCCAGGACAAAACCUGCCACUUGACCAAUCACUGCAUUCAGAAGGAAUAUUCCAAAAACUACGGGCGGUAUGAGGAAGGGAACGAAAUGUUCUUUGAGGAAUUCAACCAGUACCUGAUGAAUGCCCUGAACACGACACUUGAGAAUAGCAUCUUACUGCAAAUCAAACACAUAAUAAGAAGCUGCCUUAUGUGUAUAGAGCCUGCAAUCAGUACAAAGCAUCUUCAUUACCAGAGCUUCCAGCUCUUUGGCUUUGACUUCAUGGUUGAUGAGGAGCUGAAAGUCUGGCUGAUAGAGGUCAAUGGGGCCCCGGCUUGUGCCCAGAAGCUGUAUGCAGAGCUCUGCCAAGGAAUUGUGGAUGUAGCCAUCUCUAGUGUUUUCCCCCUCAGUGACACUGGGCAGAAGAUGAGCCAGCCAUCGAUCUUUGUCAAGCUGUGAUGACGACAGGAACGUCUCUGCUGAGUACAGAGAGAGACUGCACCCACUGGGUCAGAGCAGUUCGAUGGCUAAUUUCAGUAUCAUGCCAAAAAGGGAUAGAGACAGUCUUCUUUUUUUUUUCUUUUUUUGGGGGGGAAAAAAUCAUGGGGCAAACCAACAAAACAGAGCCCCCGUGCAGAGCUGGGACGAGCCAAAACCACUCAGACAACUGUCUGCAUUCACCAAAAUUCACUUUGGAAACAGCUCAUGUGACUUCGAUAUCUGAAACAAAUCUCUCUGGGAGAACAGCAAAAUUACCUUAAAAUGAAACUCCAACAGGGAUACGACAAUACUAUAUUAGCUCAUCCUUUUCUAUAGAGAGACUUUUUUUAAGGCAAUUGAGCAAAGAGUACAACGAUCAUCUGGGAUGUCGUGGCUGGGAAGUUGUCCUCCUCCCUGUCCUCUUUCCUCACCUACUGCAUCGUUAGUGCCUUAGCUCAGCUCCAAAUAGGUGAUUCCUUUCCUUUGUUCCUGCUCUAUUAUGUAGAAAGGAAGGAGCUCUCUUGCGUCACAGGAGGCACAAAACCAGGAACACUGAGAAUUUGGUCGCCUUGGGUCAUUUUCCAAGCUGGCUGGCUGCACACCCAGGCAACAACUGGAUGAAAGGGCGCUGAACUGCGGGUGGUGAAUUAACCCAAGCAACGAAGGCAGUUUUGUUUAUGUAUAGUUAUCCCUUUUCCUAAUGAGAUUUGAAUCAGUUUCUAUCCAAGUCUAAUGCAGUUGGAUCCCAUUUAAAAUUUAAAAAAGGUAGAGAGGCCCCCCCAAUGCUGACCUGCAGGCUGUAGGAUUUCUAGCGUCUCGGUCUUGCUGGGAGUGUUUCCAGUGGCAGACACCCAGUCUUCUCGGAAAGCUUCUUUGGAGACACUGCAGUGAAUAUAGGCUCUUCUCUCAGCUUCCACCUUAAUACAUUUGAGACUCAAAAGUAAAACCUUUCAGCCCAACCGAUUUUUAUUCCUUUUGAUCCAGCCAAUUUUAUUCUCCGUCGUUCAACAGAUAUUGUGCUUUUCUACCCUGAACGGAGUCUGCUGCUCUGUCCCAGCUGGGGGGAAGAUGUAUGAGGUUUUGUAGAGCAAGCGAGAGACUGCUUGUCUAUAGAUCUGCCACACAGCUGGGAAGGGCAGGCAUUUUGGGGGGAAGGAGGUUAAAUUCCUUUAGAUCCCUGAAUUUCUGAACUAACAUCUGUUUUGAGUGUAACCUAAAUUCCUGGAAUAUUCGGUUUACCCAAAUUUUUAGCCUAAACCCAAAGAGCGCGUCUCUCCUAAGCCAGGGCUCUUUGCAGAGCACAGUGGCAUUCAUGACAGCAGCUGGCUUUGCUAGGUGGCGUGUGGCCUGUGCUGUGUCCCAAACUUUCUGAACAGAGGCGCAAAGCUUAACAAUUAGGUCUCGCUGUUAGGAGGCUGCAGCAGUGUCUGCAAAGAACUGAGCGCUCGCAGGCUCCCCAUUAAAGCUUGGGUUGCGCAUCGGUGGUAUUGAGUUUGGAGUUUCUUUACGCACGUUGCACGUGAUGUGGGGAUGUACCUUAGGUUACGUGUUUUUAAUCAUGGUUAAGGGCAGAUGACAGAUAAGCACCUGUGCAAGCAACACAGAACUACUGCCCGAUGUGGGUUGUUUGAGAUUCGCUCCAACGCUGAACAGGAAAGCAUCAUGGAAAAUUGAAGCUUUGGGGAUUUUAAUUGCAGCAGGAGAGCAGGCUGUGCUGCCGAGGUCAGGGCCAUGUUCUCUUGGCUCUUGCACGGAAAGAUGGUUGUCAAUGAAAUAAAACAGACCUUGUUCGUGUUACCCAAAGCAAAACAAACAAGAAGAGAUCAUGGAGGUUACAAGCUUCUGGCUGCCUGCGUUUAAUGGGAAGUGAAUCAAGCAGUGUGAUUUCUGCCUCCCACAAACGAUCCCGGCGCUUUGACAUACUCACCUUUGGUCGUGGCUGAGAUUUCAGAGGUCUUCCUGCCAGCACAGCGCUUGGUAAGCAAGUGAUCCUGCCGGCAGGACUGAAGUGCCCACCCCUCCUCGGAGUGAUGGAUUUUGGUCAUGCUGUACCUGGACAGACAUUCAUUGCAGCAUGCUGUGAACAGAGUGGUUAGCAAAGCCCAAAAGAAGCGUUGCAGAGAGGAAGCGUCCCGAAAGGCCAGGCAAGCCCGUCGUCAACGCUCUGAAGCGCCGCACGGAGCGGAGUCUGCAUGGCGUUUGGCAGACGCAAGGUGCGUUGGAGCUGGAAAGCAGUUCGGUUGCUGCACGCUGGGAAGCGACGAGGAGCGAUAGCUGCGUGUGAACAGGGUGUCUGCUUUGUUUCUCCAGGCUGCGUGCGAAGGACGCCUGGACUCCACUUGCUGGUGGGUGGUUUUGUUUCCAGCAAUGCCCUGAGCACCGUGUCCAGUUUCUGGCUUUACUGGACCUCUUGUGUUUUCAUAUGAGCCAGAAAGCGGUGGGGGAAUGGUGGGUCAUAAGCUGGGAGAAGGAGGUAUGAGGGAAGGGCUGUUUGGGUGUCCUAAUCUCGUGAUAGCACACAGGUGUGAAAAUUGCCCUGCAGACCAGCCCGAAGCAUAGUGUUAAUAGUCCCAGGUAAAAUGUAGGCUGUAACAGGUGUUUCAUGUGACUCGCAGAGCUGCCAGCUCAACAGGUCUCCACUGACAUUUUCACAUAGUAGCUACCGUGAGCUUAAAAAUGCACCUUUUUUUUCCCCAGCAAAGGCAAGAUCUAAUAGCAAUAGCCUUGGUCCAGAACGUGCCUGAGCAGACACUGCACUCUCACAAGCUCUACACCAGACCAGACCAGAGCUCCUCAGGUAUGAAGUGAGAAAACUUUACCCGUCAUAAGGAAAUGAAAAAUCCCUGGGGUCCUAGACCCCUCUUUACUUUCCCUUCACCCUGAAUUCAGAAACCAAAACGUUCCCUUCCUGAGCGUAUGUAAGAUUAGAUCCCUGCCGAUGUAGUGGGAUAAGGCUAGGAAAGCAGCCCGGAUGCAGGGAAGAGAAGCAUCUUUUAUCAGCACAGCUGAUACAGCCAGGAAGAGCAGUGACUCAGGAACCUCUGCAUAACUCCAAGGCCUUUCCCUCCGCCCUUUUUCGCCUCAGGUUGCAUUGAGAUACGUCCCCAACUGGCUAUUUCUGCUGCUCAGCUAAAAGCAGGGCUUCAACUCAAUGGUAAAACAAUGGCCCCAGGUGAUGCAGUUACUCAUAACCUGCCUUUUCAGCUGGAUUUUGGGGAGAUAGUGAUUCAGGGACUCUUUAAUCAUUGGUUUGUUUCCUGAAUAAGCAACAGCCUCUAGAGGAAAACACUGGGUACCAUGUGUGAGCACUCACCAUCUCCCCUCAAAGUGCUUCCCUCAAGCAAAGCCCAGGAGGUAAACGCUAAAGGACGGCCAGUGCGGUACCUAGGGUUUUGCCCAAUUUAUUAGCCCCAUUUAUUAUUUGUUAGGUGGAGCAAAGAAUGAGAUGGAUACGGCUGAGGCCUGAGCGUUGCGACCGUGGGGGCACCUUGUAAGUGAUGCUCGCACACUUUUAUUUUUUAGGAAAAAAAAUGCAAAAAUAAAUGUUUUCUAGCUUGAUUCAGCUUAAAGGUCAA